AUCUGAAACAAGAAGAGCCUCUUCUACGUAUUCACAAGUGUUGCGAGUGCGACAAGGAGUUUCGUCACCUGAGUGCCUUGAAGAGGCACAUGCGGACUCACACUGGCGAGAAACCAUUUAGGUGUGAGGAGUGUAGCAGGCAGUUUAGUGAGCUGAGUCAUCUGAAAAGGCAUAUAAAGAGUCACACUGGUGAGAAGCCUUAUAGGUGCGAAGAAUGCGGAAAACAGUUUAGAGAGCUGGGUAAUCUAAAGAGGCAUAUGCGGACUCACACUGGUGAGAAACCUUACAAAUGUGAGGAGUGCAGUAAAGAGUUUAGUGUUCUGUGUAAUCUGAAGAAGCACAUGCAGACUCACGCUGGUGAGAGACCUUACAAAUGUGAGGAGUGCGGCAGACAGUUCAGUGUGCUGGGUAACCUGAAUGGCCACAUACGGACUCAUACCGGUGAGAAGCUGUAUGAGUGCGAUGACUGCAGCAAACGGUUCAGUGAGCUGUGUAAUUUGAAGAGUCACAUGCGGACUCAUACCGGAGAGAAGCCAUAUAGAUGCGAUGAAUGCAGCAAACAGUUUAGUCAGCUGUGUAAUCUAAAGAGGCAUAUGAAGACUCAUACCAGUGAGAAACCUUUCAAGUCCCAGAGCAAAGACAACCGCACCGCCCCUGAGAUUCCGGGCGGUGGAAACUUAGCACUGUCGGAGACGGACCGUGUGACACUACAAGAGUUGGUCGACUACCGUCUUCACCCAGAGGCUGUGAAACGGCAGAGGAAAACGAUGAACACUAAUAGGGCCGAGGCGUUCACAACCGUGUCCUUAAAGCUGUUCCUAAGUCCAUGA